CAUGAUGCACCGCGCCGUCAACGGCUUCAGUCAUUCAAGUAACGUUAGCUCAGAUCUGGUGCUUGUGAGAACGCCUGUUCUUGUUAGGCCAUCUGGGUUCGGGUAACCUGUGUCCUGAAUCGGACCGGACCCUGAACGGGGGCUUAACUCUCUCAUUUCGAGGUGAACUUCCCCGUCCAUGCUAUAGGAAUCACCGGCCGGUGACGGGAAGCGAGCGUUUGGGCGGCAGAAGCGGUGCUGUCAGCGAUAUAACAACAGAAAGCGUUCACUAUACAAACAUAAACCGACCGCAGGCAGAGCUGUGGGGAUUUAUUAAUACUUUAAAAGCAACUUGAUGGAUUUAGAGACCGGAAGAAACGAACUGGGUGCGAUGGGAGAUUCGCUGCAGCCGCAGACCCCCAGUCGCCACGAGAAAAGUCUUGGGCUCCUCACGACUAAAUUUGUGACUCUGCUGCAGGAAGCGAAGGACGGAGUGCUGGAUCUGAAAGCUAGUUGUAGACGCUCGUCUCUCAAAAUGCCGCAGCAAAAGGAUAUAGUAAAGAUUGCCAUUCAGAUGCCGGGCGCAUACCCGCAGCUCAUUCAGCUAGACCAGAAAAAGCCCCUCACUGGCGUCAUAAAAGAGGUUUGCGAAAAGUGGAAUCUUCCGGGGACUGACAAUUAUGCUCUCCAGUAUGCAGAUGGGAUCCAGACAUACAUCACUGAGUCUAACCGCUUGGACAUCAAAAACGGCAGCAUCCUGCAUUUAACCAAAGCACCAGGCCGUCACGCUGAAGAUCUGUAUAAAGGCAUUCAGUGUUCAGACUCCGGCGUGCGCUGUGACUCCCUGAAGCUGCUGGCCACUGUCUCCACCGACAUCACGUUCGCCCAAGAGUUUAUCAGUCGAGAUGGACACUCCCUGCUUGUCAAGAUAGUGGAGGAGGCUCAUGAGGCUCCUCUGAUAAUGACACACACUCUCACUGCCUUCAUGGAGCUCAUGGAUCAUGGCAUUGUGUCCUGGGAGAAUCUGUCCAGUGUCUUUAUCAAAAAGAUUGCCGGUUUUGUGAAUGCGAAGGUGCUGGACACGUCUAUCCAGCAGGUGUCGCUGGCUAUCCUGGAGAGCAUGGUGCUCAGCAGCAGUAGUCUGUUCAACCAGGUCAAACUCGAAGUCACCCUCGAGAGACUCCUCUCCCAUCUUCAGGUAACAAACCAGCAGCUGCAGACUAAGGCCAUGGCUCUGCUGAUGGCAAUGCUGCAGGCUGGUAGAGAGGCAGACAGACAGGAGCUCUUUGACUUCCUUGAAAAGAGGAACCUACGACAGUAUAUUCACAAGAACAUCAUCCACAGCUCUAGUUCAGUAGGAGAUGAGAUGGCCCACUACCUCUAUGUGCUGCAGAUGGUGCGUCUAAACCACCUGGAGCCCCGUAUGAGGACGCCUCUGGACUCCUACAGCCAGGAGCAGAGGGACAUGCUCCACGGGUUGCGGCAGGCCGCGUUUGAGACAGAAAGCGAGAGCGGUCUGAGUAAUGAACGUAGACGGUCACUCUGCGCUAAAGAGUUUAAGAAGCUCGGAUUCUCUAAUAACAGUAAUCCUGGUCAGGACUUGAGCCGGUGUCCUCCGGGUCUCCUGGCAUUGGACACCAUGGCGUAUUUUGCCUCCCGUUACCCUGAUGCUUACAGCAGGUUUGUUCUGGAGAACAGCAGCAGAGAGGACAAACACGAGUGUCCGUUUGCCCGUAGCAGCAUCCAGCUCACGCUCAUCUUGUGUGAGAUCUUGCGCAUCGGAGAACCCCCCUCUGAGACCGGCUCGGACUAUCACCCCAUCUUCUUCGCUCAGGACCGACUGCUGGAGGAGCUUUUCUGCAUUUGCAUUCAGCUCCUCAACAAGACUUGGAAAGAGAUGAGAGCCACGCAGGAAGACUUUGAUAAGGUGAUGCAGGUUGUCCGGGAGCAGAUCACCAGGACUCUGUCCAGUAAACCCACGUCUCUGGAGCUCUUCAAGAAUAAGGUGAACGCAUUGAACUACAGUGAGAUUCUGAAACUCAGACAGACGGAGAGACUCCACCAGGAGGAGACGCUCGCUCCACCUGUGCUUGAGCUGAAGGAACGUCUGAAGCCGGAGCUUCUGGAACUCAUCAGACAGCAGAGACUAAACCGUCUGUGUCACGGGACGCUCUUCCGCAAGAUCAGCAGCCGACGGAGGCAAGACAAGCUGUGGUAUUGUCGGCUCUCUCCUAAUCUCAAAGUCCUGCACUACGGAGAUGUGGAUGAGGAGACGGAAACGCCCUCCAUCGAGGCUCUUCAGGAAAAGAUUCCCGUCGCAGAUAUCAAAAGUGUGGUGACUGGAAAAGACUGUCCCCAUAUGAAGGAGAACAAGGGAAAACAAACCAAGGAGGUGUUGGACUUGGCUUUCAGCAUCACGUAUGACGUUGAGGAGUACAGCUUGAAUUUCAUCGCCUCUUCCAGAACAGAUUUCUGUCUGUGGACGGACGGGCUUAAUGUGCUUCUGGGGAAAGAGAUGAGCAGCGAGAGCAUGCGCAGUGAACUAGAGAUUCUCCUUUCUAUGGAAAUCAAGCUCCGCCUCCUGGACCUGGAAAAUGUCCCGAUCCCAGACACGGCCCCGCCAAUCCCCAAACCACCCAGCAAUUUCAACUUCUGCUACGACUUCAGCCAAGCUGAACAAUAACAUGAGACCCUUAAGCAUGCAGUCAGCAGCGGUUACUGCUUUGUCAAAAACGGGAAACAACUUGAGGCUGAAAAUGUCCACUUGGUGGCAGCAGAGAUGCAGGUUCUCAGAUUGGGAGACAUAGAAUUCAAAUUUCAGGGCUUGAUAUGAAAAAGCACUUUGAACAAUCAUAGUGAGGUUGCAGACCGUGUUUGUCUGUGGUGCUAUGCUUUAAUAUAAGUGCCUGCGGUGAAUAUGAUAGUCACGCAUUGAGUAUUUUUUUACAUUUUGUAUCUAACUUGCCUUUUUAGACCGGUUCGAGAUUCUUAACACACACUUUUUGCCUCCUUUUCCCACCUUUUACAUGUUUAGUUUCUACCAAAAUUAUACUAAAAGGCAUUUAAUCACAUUGAGCAGCUUAUUAUGGAGGGGAAAAAAGAUUAAAAUAUGUAUGUUAGUAAAAUUCUGUGCUUAAUGUUGACGUCCUCAUUGUUUCCCUUCAUAAUGGCCUUGAAACUCAAUAUGGUACUCAACUGGUACGAUGUUAUAGAGCUUUUAAAACAAUCGCUGAUUAGGAGUUCAUCAUGGAAAAAUAUCCAUUGCUUCAUCGUUGAUGUGCCUGGAAAAUUUAAUUUCUGUUCCUUCUUAAAUUGUAGGUACCGUACAUAUGCAGAUAUACGCACAAUGUGAAACUCAUUUAUACUAAUGCAUGGCAUUAUUGCAAUGGCAGCAUGCACUGUAUAUUUAUGUUUUCAUACAGGUUGUAUCAUUAGGUGCACAUAAAAGGUCAGCGUGCUGGAUUAAAGUGGUGACAGGUUGUUUCUGACAGGAUUUGGUACUGAAGUGGUAUUAAACUGGUUUGUGUGUUGUUAGAGGAGUAGUUUGAGCAAGCGUGGUUUGAAAACACUGCAUGAGUAUAUUGGCGUGAUAUGAUACUUUGUUAUGUCACAUAAUCAUGUUUUCAACUUACACUUGAUGUACAUAACCUCUCAUUGUAUUUUUGGUUUAUCUUCUCCUUUUCCCCAUUAAUUCGAAAAUACAGUUAUCACUGUAGGAUUUAACAUCAGUAUUUUGGGUGGGAGAUAAUCAUGUUUCCAUUUUAAAGGAUUUAGCAUUUUAUCAGGGGCCAGAUUUUCGCACUUCUUUGUAUGUUAAAUUUAAAAUAGUUUUGAGAUCAAAAAUAUAUUUAAAAAAUAAUAAUAAUCUGUGGUUUCUUUUUAUAAUGCAUUAAUAGAGCUGACAACUUUAAUUUGUGGAAACGCAUGCAAGAUUUGCUAACACUUGUAAUCCACUGAUUUUGUGUUCUUUUUCUGUGGUAGUCACAAAUCUAAUGUCA